GGGAAGUGAGAAGAAUCUAAGUCACAACACAAGAGCAAGACAAGGACCCCUAUCAAGAGGCUGUCAAUAUGGGAGAGUGGUCCUUCCUGUCUGAGUUGUUAGACAAGGUGCAGUUACACUCAACUGUACUGGGAAAGGUCUGGAUGAGUGUUCUUUUUCUCUUCAGGGUCUUCAUUCUGGCAGCUGGUGUAGAUAAAAUAUGGGGAGACGAACAAGCAAACAUGAAGUGUAACACCAUCACCCCUGGAUGCAAGAACGCUUGCUAUGAUCGGUCCUUCCCUCUGUCUCAUACACGCUUCUGGGUCCUCCAGAUUCUCAUUGUCUCCACACCAACACUCAUCUAUCUGGGCCAUGUAUUACUAGUGAUUCGUAAAGAAAACAAGCUGAGAAGGCGUCUGGAGGAGAAGACAAAUAAGAAUGGGAUUAUUAAAACCCCAAAAUACUCAAAUGAAUGUGGCAAAGUACAGCUCAAAGGUGUUUUGCUGGCCAGCUACAUGAUUCAAUUGUUGUUCAAGAUCAUGCUUGAAGUAGCAUUCAUUGUAGGACAGUACUACCUCUAUGGCUUCAUACUUAUGCCAAGUAAAGUUUCCUGUUCCACAGACCCCUGUAAGCCAGUGGUGGACUGCUUCAUUAGUCGUCCCACAGAGAAAACUAUCUUUAUCAUCUUUAUGAUAGCAAUGGCUAGCUUUUCUGUCAUUUUAAACAUUGUAGAGGUAUUUCACCUGAUGGUCUCAAAGAUGAAAGUGAGGAAAAGGAGGAACAGUGGUUCAGUUCCCCCAGAGGUCCUCAGUCUCAACAAACCAAAUCACAAUUCAUCUGAGAGAGCUACAUUCUGUUGAAGAACAGCAAGUUGCUAAAGAAUGUAAGACAUAAACAUAAGUGACUACCACUACUGGUUGCUGCAUAUGUCUUGUUAUAUUAUCAGUACAUCUUAACCUCCAUUUAACUUUUUAUUCCAGGCUUCAAACACAUCAGCCCUGUCUGUGAAGCUAACAUAGGUAGCCAACAGUUUAACACUGAUUCAGAAACUACUGAAAAUGAAAACGUGUUUGUGUUUAAAGUUUAUGUUGUAAACUGCAGGAUUUAAUUACCAGUAAAAAAAAAAUCUAAUAUUUCCAGAUAUGCUCUGCGUUUUAUCACCAAUUUUAAAAUCUUGACACAUCACUGUGUGUUGUAUGCCCGGGUUAGAUCGCUGUUCUUGUCCACCCACAGAAUGAAUCACUGGUGUAUUUUUAUAUCUGCUCCUUUCUUAUCUUUUAUCGUGCAUCCAUCAGAAAUCCACAGGAGGAUACUCUAUUCAGAUAGGAUAGUCUGGUUAAAUAUAAAUGUGUUUAAUUCACUUCUAUGUUAAGAGUUGCUGUAUAUGUUGGUUUUAGUUUUGUUUAUUAUAUGUUUGUUUUUAUGUAACUUUAUAUAUAUAUAUGUAACUGUAUAUUGCUCCCAGUCUUG